ACAUGCCACGUCCAGAUUCCUGGGGAUCUGAAUUUAAAAGAGGUGUUUGACUAGAUAAAGCAUAUUCGAAGGACGGUGACCAGUAGGGGCAGCCUUGAAGGUACACAGUAAUCUGUAAAACAGCACCAAAAAUCUGCAGUGCUAUUUCUUGGUGAGGGACACUCCCCUUAUGGGGGAAAAGAUGAGAUGACGCCAUUUGCCAUUUAAUGGGCUGGACCACUCUCCUAGCCCCACCCUGUAUAAGGCGAGAAUACUCUCUACUGCCAUUUACUGGCCCUGUGGCCGUUCUUUGCAAUCUCCGAGACUCAGUUUCUCCACCUGUAAAACAGGGACAACAAGCGCGAAUAAGGAUGUGAGAGCCAAAUCAUCUGAUGGAGAGAGAGAGCUGGGACUCGGUUCCUGGCAAAGCCGGUUUGGGGCGUUAAGCCACAGAAUAUAAAACCGCUUUGCACGCCUAUUCCUCCUGCCAACCCAGUCCGAGCCGCGUAAGAGGCCUGCGGCCCCGAGCUGGGGAAGAAGCAUCAGAGCGUGGCCUCCCGGGGCCUACCAGCAUCAUGGGGACGUGAGAACGUAGGGACGGGGCGCAAGGGGCCAGGACGAGAGUCCACACCCCGAGCUGCGACGUGGCAGGGCAGCUGGAGCCGCUUAGGCUCAGCCCGAGAGGCAGGUGGGAACCACUAGAGGGAGACGCGCAGCCCACAGCCUUAGACCAGGGAGGCGGGGCUGAGCGACCGUUAACGCCCAAACUAAAACAUAACGGUUCCCCACGCGAAGGAAGCUGCGUGGUGACGUCAUCAGGCCUUUUCAUCUCUGAGUGUUUACCUUAAAUCGUCUUCCGGCAGACAUCCUGCCACUACGCAGGCGCAGUUCAUCGACACUGCCUCUGCUUUGCGCGGGAAUUUUGGAGGCGCUGGUGUCUCUGAAAUGGCACAGAACGCGGACCCCGAGCUCGUGGUCAACAGGAGCGGAAGCCCUGGCCUGGACCGAGGCCUUCCCGAAGGUUCACCAAGGUCGGCUUCAUCGAAUGAUACUAAAACAGCAAGAGAGCCUAAAAAGGAAGUAGUCGUGCCCAAGACUCAAGAUCAUCAAAUAACAUCAAACCCUACCCCUCUGAAAAUCUGUACUGCAUCUUCUGCCUUCCUGGAAACUGCCCAAGAUGUCUCAAGAAAAAGAAAGAAUUCUGAGAACAGCCCUGAAACAGGAAAAAGUGAAGAUCUCAGCCCCACUUACAUGGACCCACAAGAACAUAACAACAAUCAAAAAACCAAGCGGCAGUCCUGGCGUAGGGCUAGUAUGAAAGAAACAAACCGUCGAAAGUCACUGCCUCCCUUUCACCAGGGUAUCACAGAGCUCAGCAGAUCUAUCAGCAUAGACUUGGCAGAAAGCAAACGCCUUGGCUGUCUUCUACUCUCCAGUUUUGAGUUUUCUGCAAAGAAACUUGAACUUUUUCUGAAAGACGUGGAUGGCAUCAGUCUUGAUACUUUUAGAGACAGAGUGUCUUCAAUUUCUAAAGAAUUUAAGCAUUUUACAAAGAAACUAGAAGAUGAUGGGACCUUACAAAAAUGCUCUGAAGAAUCAAAAGGGCAGUCAACAGAUAUUGCCUUGGAAGCAUCAAUGACAGAGAUAAAAGAAUAUAUAGCCAGGCUUUCUUUGGAGUGUAUGAAUUGGGAUCAACUACUGCUACAUCACCAGAAAAUAGCUGAAGAAAUAUCCAGGCUCCUGUCACCUCAGUGGCUUCUCUUGCAUAGUCCCUGGACACUAGAGGAAGCCAAAAUUACCGAUGUACAAAUAGACCCUGCUCUGUAUCUUCAGUCUUCACAAAGUAAAAUUCUUAGCACAAAACCUGAUUACCAGAAAAUACUAGAUAGCCAGAAUGAGGUUUUCAACUGCAUGGAGAUGGUGAUGGAUGAACUACAAGGAUCAAUAAGACUGUUGUAUUCUUUUAUGGAAACUACUACCCUGUUCUUCAAGAAGGUGUCAGUGCAGCUUGGAAAAAGGACUGCCCAGCAGUUGGAAACCUCACCAAUUCGAAAACUGCUCAAUCCUCAGCUACAAAAAUCAUCUCUCACAUUCUAAGGUUCUGCUAAUGAUCACAGUCUACAUACAUUUCCUUCAAAUUGUCAUUCAGAUGGUUGCAGAUGAGAAGUUGCUGCCUUUUAUGGAAUGUGACUAUAAAAUAAUGUGACACUUUUUCAAACAGGCACCAGCACUUAACUACUCUGAGUAUUCAUUUAUAACUUUCUUUCCAGAGUCUACACAGACUCAACUAAUACAUGCCUUUACUCAAGACAUUUUUGGAAUUUGGAUUUAUUUUUAUUUUUAUAUUAUUUGGAUAAUGACACAUUUUUAUAUAUGUUUUUUCUCAUGUGGCUCUGUAGGGAGUUCUAAAAACGUUUGGAUUAAUAACAUCACUAAAAUAGAUCAAUGGGGCCCUAAGGAAAUGCCUUUGAAGGAUAAAUAUAAUUAGCUUUAAAAUUGCCUCAUUACAUUAGUCAUCAUGUACAUAUAUCUCUCCUCCAUCCCUUGUUUAUCUUAAUAUUUAUGUUGACUAUCCAAGUCCCUCCAAAAUGUGCACAAAUACUUGGUUUUAUUUUCUAAAACAAUGUAUAAUAAAGAUCUACCAGUGGUUUAAUCAUU